GGCACAAACCAAGCCUCUCAUCUUCCCUCUCUGUCUCGACAGUCUCGUGCUCAAUCCUCACCACAACUACCGUUACAGUACCAGUGUACCACAGUUUCUUUCAAGCAUUCAUCAAUGUCGUUAUGUUCCAGAACUCUCACCUCUACAUUCUUCAACUACAAUGGCUGCUCAAUCACUACUCACAAAUCAUCAACAAAAGAAUAUGUUCGUAGAUUACCUAAAAUCCAAAUGACGGCUUCUUCAUCUGAUACUAUCGAAACUUAUGAAGAAGGGAAGCUUGAUAGACCCAAAUGGAGUGGACAAACUCCUCUUUCUCGUCUUGUUGGAGCUCUUAUUUCAUUUAAACCUCUUUACUCUGUUAUGAAGAUUGGGGCUCGACAAGCUCUCAUCAGCACAGCUGAGAAAAAUAAUAUUCCAUGGAGGGAGAUGACCAAGGAGAUUUUAGAAUCAGAGGUCUACAAGGAGAUGGAGAAUGUUCAGAACCCGAAUCUUGUUUACCCAGAUUAUUACCUUAAUCCCUUCCAUGCUUAUGAUGAAGGAAAUCUUUCAUGGCUGGCUGCAGCAGAGGCAGAGCCUGCCACCUUAUCUAUCACAAAAAGAGCUAUACCUGAUGCUUCCUUGGAUGAAGCAAUCGAUAUAGUACGUGGUAACUGGCUUCGAGCAGUAGAACAACAUCAUCGACAAUACUCUGGAAAUUCCACUGCCGAGGACAUCUUAGACAUUGGAUGCUCUAUUGGUUGGAGCACAAGAUUUUUAGCCGAUAAAUUCGCUUCUGCUAACGUUACUGGUCUGGACUUGUCACCAUAUUUUUUGGCUGUUGCUCAAUUCAAAGAAAAGAAUGGACCUCCAAGGGAAAAACCCUUAAAAUGGGUGCAUGCAAACGGUGAAGAUACGGGCUUGCCUGCCAAGUCAUUUGACAUUGUCUCAAUUGCUUAUGUGCUUCACGAGUGUCCAGCAAAGGCGACUGUCAAUUUAGUGAAGGAAGCAUUCCGGCUUCUGAGACCAGGCGGCACCUUCGCCAUCACAGAUAAUUCGCCCAAGUCAAAGAAACUUCAGGAACUGUCUCCAGUACUAUUUACAUUAAUGAAGAGCACAGAACCUUUUCUUGAUGAAUACUACCUGAUUGAUUUGGAAGCUACCAUAAGAGAAGCCGGGUUUGUUCAUGUUGAGACGAUUCUCACAGAUCCCAGACACAGGACAGUCACAGCAACUGUUCCAUGUUGAACAUUCGAUAUGAAUGGUGCAUAUCAUCAUCAUCAUACUCAAUAUAUCCUGCUCAUAAAAGCUAUGAUCAGGGUCUAAAUAAACGGUGCAUAUAUUUACUGUUUAUUUGUAUACAGUCCCAAUUAGCAACUCUAUAACUCAAAAUUUAUGGUAAAUGAUCAGGAUCUGAAUGAGCAUUUUUUUAGACAUCUUCUCUAAUCUCUUUAUGUUUUCCUGAGUUGUCACAAAUUAACAUCUUUGGAGAUAUUUAUUUGGCAACUACGGCUUGGCCGGUUUGCUUGGUGGUUCAUGGGGCCAAGCAGAGCUCGACUUGAUAUGGGCAUGGAAUCGAUAACACUCCUUCGUUUUGUAAAGUUCGCCCCAAUACAAUCAGAAAGCUCUUACAAAAAUGGUAAAUUAAGAAUGAAUUUAAGUAUUGGGGAUAUGCAUGUUUCUUUACAUUAGGGACUUCAUAAGAUGUUUUAUGACCUUCAAAAGACAUAUUUAGGCAAUCUUUUUAUCAUAUGUACUAUAGGCUAUGGCAUAUGAACAACCUUACUUGUUUGAAACCUUAAUGCCCUACCCAUUUCAAUCGCAUUCAAGGUGGAUUUAUGGUCAGUAAAUAAUGUCAACUGACAACAUUCGAUUUAUAUUUAGAAUUAAAUACUUAGAGAUAUUAAUAUAUGUGUCGGUUAAGUUAAUAAAAGCU